AUGAGUAUUUUAAGAGGACAUAAAUUAACAAAAUCAUCCAAGAUUUUACUUGGGUUAUUAACUGGGAUAUCAUCAUUAUUAUUAAUAUUGAAAUAUCAACAAUUCCGAUUUCUGGAAGAUACUAAAUUUCAUGAUGUUAAAAUUCCUUAUAUUCAAUUGAUUCCUAGAUCAACCAUAUAUAAUCCUUGGGUAAUAAUUCUGUCAAUAUUUGCUGAGAUUAGUAUAAUAUCAUUUAUUUUUUCAUUUGGAGUAUUAUAUGUUGGUAGUAAAUUUGUUGAAAGAUUUUGGGGGAAUUAUUUAGAAGUGAUCAAAUUUGUUAUUAUCGUUGGUGGUAUAACUAAUUUAAUUACAGUAAUAAUUGCAAUUAUUUCUAAUAUUAUUAGACAAGAUGGUAAAAAUAUGGAUCAACCAUUAGGUGGAGGAAUAUCUUAUUAUUUUGGAUUUUUAGUGGUUUGUAAACAAUUGAUUCCUGAACAUAAUAUUGUUUUAUUUCAAGGUUUAAUUAAUUUUAGAGUGAAAAAUGUCCCAUUUGCUUUGAUUAUAUUUCUUGGAUUAUGGUCAAUUAUUAUUACUCGUUCAUUAUAUCCUGCUAUUCCUUCAAUUGGUAGUUUUUUCGUAUCAUAUUUUUAUUUAAGAUUUUUCCAAUCAUUAAAUAUUGAACCUACUUUACCUAUAGCAACAACAUCAACAACAACAAAUACAACAACAAGUAGUAAUGGUCCGUCAAUUGAUACUCAAAAUAGUUCUAUUAUGAUUGGUGAUGCUUCAGAUACAUUUCAAUUGAUUGAUUUUUUCCCACAAAUGAUUAGACCAGUAUUAAUACCAAUUUUCCAACAUGGAUAUGAUAUUUCGGUGUUUUUAGGUAUUAUUACUCCAUUUAAUGAUGAAAUUGUUGAACAAAGUAAUUUACGAGCACAAAAGAGACAAGAACAAACUAAUCAAACUCAAAAGAAUGUUGCUAAAUCAGUAGCUGAAAGACGUAGACAAGUGGCUUUACAAGUGAUUGAAGAUAGAAUUAAUAAAGAAACCGCUGCAAAUAAUACUGAGAGCAACCAAAGUUAA